CUCCUGAGGUUAAAACCUCCACAGCAGCACCAGACGUCAGAGCUCUCCAUCCACACGCUGGAACAGACGCUAAAAUGACUGAAUAUCACCUCAGACUGGGAUGUUCAACACGUGCUCGCUGGGUUUUUCUGUUCAGUGUCACUCCGUGAAAACACAAAGACUGGAAUAAUCUCACUCAAAUCAACUCGACUCUAGAAGCACCACAGACAGAAACAGCGUUGCAUCAUGGGGGUUGCGGUCUACAACAUCUCGUCCACCUCGGCCAGAGUGAGCUGGCCGCCGUCGCCCAGCUGCCUGGACACUUUCUACAGCGUCAUGUACGACCCCAACUGGAACAGCCUGCUGAUGAGCUACAAGCGCAAGAGCUUCAUGCACGAGGAACGCAUCCCCGUCAGCCAGAGCAGCACGCACCUGGCCAACCUGCUCCCCCAGACCGCCUACUUCCUGUGUGUGACCUGUCAGGCGGCCAAUCCGGUGCGGGACCAGUGCCAGGUGUUCAGCACUCCCAGCGACAACAGCGAAGGUCACGACCGAGCCGGCUGGGAGCUCGCCAUGGGCGUCUGGCUGACCUGCUGCAUCUUGCUCCUGGUCAUCGCCGGCAUCCUGUUGUGGGGAUGUCUUCACACCAUCUGCUCCACCAUCCCCAGUCAGGGCGCCGACGGCUGCCACGUAGCAACCAACUCCAACUCCAUGUCCCGCCAAGACAUGUCCGGGUCCGGACGCCUCUACGCUCACAGACGCACCAGCGAGGACAGCGGCAAACGCGGCAGCAUCAUGCAGCCCCCGCUCCACUCCACGCAGACCACCGGACACAUAAUUACCCAGGACCACGAGCUGAGGACGCUCGCUAAGCUGUCUGGCAGCGAGCCAGCGUGA